AGCUCGGUCACUCCCAGGGCUGCACGCCUUGCUGGGGAAACAUGUUUUCUUGGGAGCCGCAAAGGGGAGUAACCUCUGCCCCGUGUGAUCCGACGAGAAAUCACUCCCUGGCCGGGACUCAAACAAAACACGGGAUUAACUUUGCCCUGUGCUGACUUGCGGCCGCUCGCAGCCGGUGAGAGCUGCUCUCCGCAGCCAUGGGGGCCAAGCUGCUCUGCCUCUGCCUCCUGCCAGCCCUGCUCGCCUACUACAUCUACACCCCCAUGCCCGCGGAGCUGGCACAGCCCUGGAAAGUGAUGGUCCUCUGUGCCCCCUUCAGGGCCGUGGGGCACCUGUCCGCGGUGCUGGAUCUGCUGGGGCUGGUGCACUACAUGAAGGGCAUGAGGCUGAUCACAGCUAUGGAGACCGUCAUGGUCACAUCCGAUGAAAACGUCACUGUGACAGACACCGAGUUCAACAACGUCCCCGUCCUCCUGUACCUGCCCAAGAGGGCACCUGACGGGCUGAGGAGGGCCAUGGUCUACUUCCAUGGCGGGGGGUGGUGCCUGGGAGACGCAGGCAUGAAAUCCUACGAUCACACCUCACGGCGAACUUCAAACGAGCUGGAUGCUGUCGUGGUGUCAGUCAACUACAGGCUGGCCCCUGAGCACCGUUUCCCGGUGCCCUUUGAAGACGUGUACUCGGCGACCAAGUUCUUCCUGCAGAGCAGUGUCCUGGCCCAGUACGGGGUGGACCCUGCACGGGUCUGUGUCGCAGGGGACAGCGCUGGGGGCAACCUGGCUGCAGCUGUGGCACAACAGCUGUUGGAGGACCCUGAAGUCAAAACGAAGCUCAAAGCCCAAGUUUUGCUCUACCCUGCUCUGCAGGCCCUGGACCUGGAUCUGCCGUCCUACCGAGACAACGCCAACAAGCCCCUCCUGUCCAGGUUGCUCAUGGUCAGGUUCUGGAGCGAGUAUUUCACGUCAGACCCCUCUCUGAGGGAGGCGAUGGCCUCCAACAGGCACGUCCCCGCUGAGGCAGGACACCUGCUGCAGUUUGUGAACUGGAGCCGGCUGCUGCCCGCGGGGAUGCGCAAGGGGCACGUGUACGCGGCCCCCAGGCCGGGCAGCGCGGCGCUGGCACGGCGCUACCCCGGGUUCCUGGACCCGCGGGCGGCCCCGCUGCUGGGCAGCGAUGCCCGGCUGCGCCAGCUGCCCCCCACCUACAUCCUGACCUGCGAGCACGACGUGCUGCGGGACGACGGUGCCAUGUACGCGCAGCGGCUCCGCAACGCCGGCGUCAGCGUCACCCACGACCACGCGCAGGACGCCUUCCACGGGGCCCUCCUGUUCAUCUCGUGGCCCUACGAGCUGGCCGUGGGGCACCGGCUCUUCAACAGAUACAUGCAGUGGUUGAAGGAGAACCUCUGAGCCGCCCCACGUCUGCCAGGCGUGGCCGAGGGCGCGGGGCUGUGCCAGCUCUCGGCCCUGUGUGCCAUGGCCAAGGUGCUCUGCAAUGCUCUGCAGUGCUGGGACCGGAGUCUGAUUCUGAUCUGAGCAUUCUUCCAGUGCUGUCUGAGCCUCAAACCUGCUGGAACUGCCCUGGGCUUCCCCUCCUGGCCCUGCAGCCUCUGGCACUUGGUGUCUUGUCUCUGUUGCCGCUUCUUUCUUCCUAUCACAACACCUUCAUACCACAGGCAUGUGCCAGUGGGCCAGGUCACUGUGGGCACAUGGGAGGCACUUGGUGGCUGCUUUCUCCCUGUCCCUCACGGCUCCUGUUUCCCAUGGGAUGUGCCAGCAAGGCCCUGCUGCUGCCAGGGGUGAUGGGAUGAAUGGGGGCACCAGGACCAGGUGCCGGGCAGCUGGUGGGACCCACCCAUCGCAGGCAGUGGCUGGGCUGGGGCUGCUGUCCCUACCCAGCAAGGCUCCAGGGAAGCACUUGGAAACCCAGUGGCC